AUGAGAUCGUCGCCGUUUAACAAGAAGAGUGGUUCAGUGAUGGCUAAUAAGGAAGAAGAGAGUAGUAGUAGUGAGAAGAUUGUGGAGAAACAGAGGCCUCAAAGAGCAAACAGGAAGCAAAUGAGAUAUGUCUCGAGUGAUUCCGAGUCUGACUCUGCUAACGAUUCUGAGUUUGACGACACUGAAGAUGACCAAGACGAUGAUGAGUAG